AUGGCUCCUGCACCGCAAGAAAGCCUGUUCAGCACUUUGGAAAUCCCUCAAUAUGAUGAGGUUUUCGGACUCAUGGCUCAAUUUGUGGCUGACUCUUCGCCGCAGAAGGUCAGUCUUGGAGCCGGAGUGUACAGAGACAAUGAGGCCAAGAGCUGGAGGUUAAACAUCGUGAAAAAAGUCGAAAAACAACUGUGUGAAGAUCCGACGUUUGACCAUGAAUAUCUUCCUAUUGAAGGGUACCAGCCAUUCGUGGAUGCAGCGAGGGAUCUGGUCUUUGGGAACAGCUGCCCCAUUGCCAAAGGCCGCAUUGCCAGCUUGCAAACGGUUUCGGGAACAGGCGCAAACCAUCUCGGUGCUCGUUUCCUCAAAGAACACCUCCCUCGUCUGAUCUCACCGUCCUCCUCGUCCGCUACUCCAACCCGAAAAAUCUGGCUCUCAGACCCUACCUGGGCCAACCACCAUUUGAUCUGGGACCUGGUCGCCUCAAGCUCCACCGGAAGCCCCAUCAAGACCGUUCUCUACCCUUACUACCACGCCCAGACCCGCUCCUUCGAUUUCGAUGGCAUGAUCCGCACACUGGAAGCUAACGCGCAGCGCGGGGAUGUCAUCCUUCUGCAUGCCUGCGCGCACAACCCCACGGGUCUUGACCCCACCAGAGCCCAGUGGGAGGCCAUCGCCUCUCUGUGUCAGAGGAAGGGGAUAUUCCCAUUCUUCGACUCUGCGUAUCAAGGUUUCGCGUCGGGGGAUCUGGAUAAUGACGCCUGGGCCAUGCGAGAGUUUGUCGCGCGUGGGAUGGAGAUGUGUGUGGCGCAGAGCUUUAGCAAGAACCUGGGCCUCUAUGGGCAGCGCGUUGGGGCUUUUCAUCUCGUGUGCCACACCGAGGAUUCGGCCAGAAGGGCUAGGUUCCAGCUCAUUGAGUUGCAAAGGGGGGAGAUUUCGGUGCCGCCUGCUUAUGGUUCAAAAAUCGCAGCUGCAGUCCUCAGAGAUCCUGCCAACGUUAUCGAAUGGAAACAAGACCUGUCUAUCAUGAGCAGCAGGAUAAAAUCCAUGCGACGCGCGCUGUACGAUGAGCUACGCCGUCUAGGCACGCCUGGCAACUGGGACCAUAUCAUCAAUCAGAUCGGCAUGUUUUCAUACACCGGUCUGACCAAGAAGCAGAUCAAGACCCUGAGAGAAAAAUAUCAUAUUUAUAUGCUUGAGUCGGGGAGAGCGUCGAUUUCUGGACUGACCACCAAUAACGUCAAGUAUGUCGCCGGCGCCUUUGACGCGGUGAUAGAGAGUAGCCCUCCUACUGGCUCCGCGGUCAAGAACAGAGUUCAAGAAAGCAAGUAA